AUGACGGACAAAAACGGUGUUGGAGCGACAGUUGUCAGUCAUGACAGUGAAAACAGAACACUGGUGGACGGGUUUAGUGACCCUGGCAGUUACUCACGCGAUGUCACUUACCAUGACACCAGUUUCCUUCAGCUGGCAGGUCUAACAGCUUCAUCCGAUCAGUGUGAGCAGUUCAUAAUGUACGAGUGCGACCAAUCAGUACUCCUUCUCUUUGGUCGAAAGUCCUAUGGCUGGUGGGUGUCACGUGACGGCGAAACUAUGAAGUACUGGGGAGGAGCUGAUUCUGUUGACGACAAGUGCGCAUGCUGCUUGAAUUCUACAUGCGCAGACAUCAAAUACGAUUGUAACUGCGACAAAGGGGGGCAAAUUUGGCGAAAUGACAGCGGUUUAAUCAAAGACAAAUCCAAGCUUCCCGUGAAGCAACUGAGGUUUGGAGAUACCGAUUCAAAUGCUGAUGAUAAGGGAUACCAUACACAUGGAAAGCUGAAGUGUUUUGGACUCAUCUAA